AUGGAAGUCGGUCCGUGGCGAAUGGACAGUACCGGCGAGCUGAGGGAAAUUGAGGGUGGCUGGGAAGAGUAUGCCAACAUCGUCUAUGUCGACCAGCCUGUAGGAACCGGCUUCUCAUAUGGCAGCACAGAUCGGUAUGCCACAGAACUAACAGAGUCGACUCCUCAAAUGAUCGAGUUUAUGCGCAACUUUUACAAAGUGUUUCCAGAACUGGCUGGCAUCGACACAUAUCUCGCGGGCGAGAGCUUUGCUGGCCAAUACAUCCCAUACAUUGCCGAUGCAAUGCUCAAAGCUUCGAAUAUGCCUGCGCCACUUCGAGGAAUCGCCAUUGGGAAUGGAUGGAUUGACUCGCGAGCCCAGUAUCCCGCAUACGUAGAAUUUGGUCUCAAAGCGGGCUUGUUCAAGGAGAAUUCCAACGAACACAAACAUGCCAAGAAGAAACUGGCAGAGUGCGAGGCCUCUUUGGACAAACUUCCUUCCAGCUUUGAGCCAGUGGGCGAUGCAGUCUGCGAGCAUGUCAUGGGUGCCGUCCUAGAGCCAUUCAACAAAGAGGUCAACGGACGACAAACGUGUAUGAACGUCUACGACAUUCGACUGACGGACGAUUACCCUGCGUGUGGGAUGAACUGGCCACCGGACCUGAAGCAAAUUACUCCAUGGCUGAGGAAGAAACCAGUCGUCAUUUCGUUGCAUGCCGAGGCCAAAGACGCUGCGUGGACGGAGUGCUCUGGUCGCGUAGGUUCGAUCAUGUCCAACAAGAAAUCGCCUUCGUCUGUGACAUUACUACCGGGACUCUUGGAAAAGAUUUCUGUCAUGUUGUUCGCAGGCGACCAGGACGUGAUCUGUAACUAUGUCGGCCAGGAGAAGCUGCUCGAGAGGCUCCGAUGGGGUGGUGCUGUAGGCAUGGGGAACGCCGAGAGCCUUCCGUGGACGGUGAAUGGAACUGCAGCCGGGACCUGGCAGACGGCACGGAAUAUGACCUACGUCAAGAUAUUCAAGGGAUCGCACAUGGUUGGAUGGGACCUGCCGCACGUCGUGCACGACAUGAUUUUAAGGUUUAUGAACGUCGACUUUGGAAGGAUAACGACGGGGACAGCUGGGCGGAUCCCGAGCAGUCUGGGUGACACACCAAAGGAAACGCCGUUGCCUGGGGGUGGGACGUUGAGCGAUUUGGAGCUAAAGGCGAAAUGGCAGGGUGCGCCAAGAUUGUUUCAUUUGCUCGUAAAGGCUAUUUUGACUGAAAUUGUUUUGGGGCCCACUUUGACAGCGUAUUAUAAUGCCGGAACUGUCGCACUAAUCGUGGUGCUGAUAGCGGUGAGCAUUGGUACGGUGCUCUACUGUCGGUCUCGACGGAAUGUGGGGCCCUCAAGAAUCGUGCUAAGGGACGAUAACGCAAAUGGGACGACCGAGGAGAGUAUCCCACUCACUCUGUCAAGCGACGAGUCGCGACGACGCAAGGGCAAGGGGCGGGCGAUUCCAGAGCCGAUCGAAGAAGAGGAGGAGAUAUUUGAAAUCGGGAGUGAUGGCGAGGAAAAGUAUCCAUCGUGA